AUGCAUCGAUUCAAGAUAUACAAAAUUCAAAUGUGUAAAUAUGCACUGAUUAAUAAAUGUGAUAGGGGGGAAAAUUGUACGUUUGCCCAUGACAUAAAUGAAUUAAGAAUAAAACCUGACAUGCGAAAAACAAAAUUAUGUAAAAGCUACAUAUUAGGUAAAUGCACAGAUAAUAAUUGUAUAUAUGCCCAUUCUGUUAAUGAGCUGAGAGAAGUUGGUAAACCAGCGAUAUGUCAAUUGCACAGAGAAGGACGUUGUAUUAAAGGAAAUCAGUGCAGAUUCGCUCACUCAAUCAACGACAUAAACACAAAGCUUGUUAAGUUUUAUGGAUCUAAAGUAGACAUAGAUGUUGACGAAGAAAUAGUUCAAGGUAAGAUUCAUAGUAAAAAUAUAUCUAAUAUAAAUAAUAGUUGUAUAAAUAUAUUAAAUAAAAGUAAAUCCCAAAUGAUGAAUAAAAUAAAGGGUUAUGAAAAUGAAGAAAUUGAGAAGAAUGAAUUUAUAAAUAUACAGAAUAUGAAGAAUAACAAUAGUAAUAAAAAGGAUAUAUAUAAUUUCCAGAUGCAUGUGAACAACAUAAAUAUAAAUGAUAAUGAAUAUACUUCCUCUGUUAAUAUACCUAAUGAUAUCUUAAUUAAACAUAAAAAUAAUAACAAUGAUGAUAUUAUAAAUAGGGCUAAUUUAGUUCUUCACAAGAAUAUCACGGGUGGUGAUAUAUAUCAUAAUAAUAAUUGUAAACUUAAUAUAUGUAAGAUAUAUAACAAUAAUAAUAAUGCUGGUAAUGAAAAGAAUGAAGAAAAUAUAUUAAACAUAUCACAUGUAAAAAAGAAUACAAAACUAUGCUCUUUAAAUAUUAAAAAUGAACCCAUUCAACAGGUUAAUGAUUUUCUUUUGUAUAAUAAUAACAUAUUAGAAUAUAAGAAAGAACAGAAAAAUUAUUUCAUAUCCCCACAAAAUAUUAUAAAUAAUGAAUAUGAUGGAUGUAACUUCAACGAUAUGUUAAAUAAUAAUUGUAAAUCAUUAAACGUACACAAAUCUAUAUGCUUAGAUAAAUCAAAUAUGAAUAUUGAUGAGGAAUAUUUUGACAUGAAAGAAAAGACUAUGGAAAAUGAAGAACUUAUAAAUAAUUCAUAUGUAAAAAAUAAAGAUAAUAUGAACAAAAUAAAUAAUAUGGAAACACGACUAAGAAAGAAUAUUAUCAUCCAACCAAAAAAAAAAAAAGAUCUAACAUAUGUAAAUACCAUUAAUAGUGAUAAUAAUAUGAAGCAUAUGUAUGAUAUGAAAUGUCCAAAAAUUAAUGUAAGCAAUAUGGUUAGAUUUAAUGUAGAAAAUGAAUUAAGGAAAAUACAGGAUUGUAAUAAAAGACGACCACAACUAUCGAGUUUGGAAAACAUUAUUACAGAAAGGGGAUAUCUUUGCAAACAGAAUGAUGACAAGUAUUUAUUAAAUGUAGUAGGAGCUAUUAAUAAAUAUGAAGAUAUAUGUGAAGAUAUAUGUGAAGAUAUAUGUGAAGAUAUAUGUGAAGAUAUAUGUGAAGAUAUAUGUGAAGAUAUAUGCGAAGAUAUAUGCGAAGACAUAUGUGAAGAUAUAUGUGAAGAUAUAUGCGAAGAUAUGUGUGAAGAUAUAUGCGAAGAUAAUAAUUUGAGCAGGAAAAAUAUGUUUAUAACCAUAUUAGAGAAUGAAAAUAAGAACACUGAUGAUUAUAGGGUGAACGAUGAUUCUAACACAUGUGUUAUAAAUUUUGUGGAAUGUAUAAAUAAGGAAAACCAAAAUGUAAUUACAGAGAAAGGUAAGACCAAUACAAGGGAUGAUGAUAAUUCAAAGGGUAAUAAUAACGACGAAAUAAUAAAUAAUAAUACUACAACUACUAAAAAUAAUGAUAAUAAUAAUGAUAAUAAUAAUAAUAAUAAUAAUAAUAAUUUUAUGCAUAGUAAUGAUUAUAUCUAUUGUAAUAAUGUGGUAAAGAAUGUUACGCAUCUCAAUACAAAUGAUUCCUUCGUUUACUCGAAAGAGGAAUAUAAUAUAUCCAGUGAUGAAGACAAUUUGAUGAACCAACAGAAUGUAAAUAAGAAAAAAAAUAUAAAUAAUGAAAAGGAAUUUUCUAAUGAAUUUAACAUAAAUUAUGGUAGUCAUUCUAAGGUCCAACAAGAUAUUUACAACAUAAAUUGUGUUAACCAAACGAACGGUGUUAACAAUAUAAAACAUACAAAUAAUAUUUAUAGUGAUCAUGGUUAUAAUAUAGAAUUCAUUAAAAAUAAUGAUAAACAAUAUUAUGAUGAAAAUAAUAGAAAUUCUUCGAACCUUGUACAGAUGAUUAAUAAACAGAAAGAAAAGGAUAGAGGAGAUGAAGAAAGUAAUAGGGAUAUUAAUUUAAAAGAAAAUAAUAAUGACGAUGGUAAUCUUAUUAUUUACUAUGAUGAUGAUGGUGAUCAAUGUUAUGAUAAUAAUGGAUGUACUACAAAUCUACAUGAUGAAAGUAUUAAGGAAAAGAAUUUGUCAGAUGUACCGUUUGAAAAAAUAAAUGAAAAUUUAAAUUAUAAAAAUCAUAAUGAUGAUAUGAUGAAUCCAUUAAAUUUUUGUAAUAAAAAAACAGAUAAUGGUUUUGAAUAUAUAGAAAAUUUGUACUUUCAAAAGAUCAAUGAUUAUACAACUAAUGGUAUUACAAAAGAUAUGAAGAAUAAUAAGAAAAGAAAUACAAAUAAAUUGUUUACAUGCAAAGAAUUAUUUCCUAAAAAUAAAGAAUAUUUUAUAUUAAAUAAAAAUGAAAGUAAACAUUUGGUAGGAUAUAAUAUAUCCAAUGAUGAUAAUAAGAUAAAGGUUAAUAUGUAUCCUUAUAAAGAUACUAAAUUGAAUGCACUUCAUAAUUAUAUAUGCGUCAUCUCCCCAAAAAAUGAUAACAAUAAUAUUAAUUGUGGCGAAAAAAUAUGUAAUCAUAAUAAUAUGCUGCUUAAUAAUAGUAAAACAUCAAAUAAUAAUGAGGGCUGUCCUUUUAGUUAUAUGAAUAUAAAAUCGUUGAGUACACAUAAUGAUAAUAGAAACUAUGAUAAAAAUAUAAACCCUGAAGAUUUGAGCAAUCUGACAGAUGUAAAAGAACCAUUACAACAUGCCCUUUGGAUGAACAAUAAUGCAAAUACAAACAUAAACAUAAAUAGUAACCAUAACCCUAACCAUAACAGUAAUAAUAAUAAUUAUUAUUAUCAUAGUUUUUAUAAUAAUGAUCAUGUUGAUUACAAUUAUAAUAUAAACAAUGUUAAUAAAUUCGACAAUUUUAAAACGUAUAAUAUGUAUCCGAAUGAAAAUAAUCCCAUAGAAGUAGAAUCCAAUUCAGAAAUGAUUCUUGUUCAUACAAAUAAUAAUGAUUCCACCAAUGUGUUCAACCAAGCUCUUAUUAAAAAUAAAAAAAAUGAAAAUGUUGUUCAGGUAGAUGCACACCAAAUGGUUCUAAAUAAUGUGACUGAGCUAGCUGAUAACGUUUCUAGAGAUAUGUGUAGGGGGGAAAUAAUUCAAGAUGAAACCACAUACCAGGAAGAUAAUAAAAAAGUGGAUGAUAAUAAUAUAUAUAAUAAUGAUAUAUAUAAUAAUGAUAUAUAUAAUGAUGAUAUAUAUAAUAAUGAUAUAUAUAAUAAUGAUUUGUAUGAUAACAAUAUGUAUGAUAACAAUUUGUAUGAUAACAAUUUGUAUGAUAACAAAUUAUAUGAUGACGACUUAUAUACAUCUAGUAUAAAUAACCCAGGUGAAUUGAUAAAAAAUGGGGAGAACAAUUCUGUGAAUUUAAAAAAUAAUAAGGUUAUAAAUUCAUAUGAAGAAUUUAAAAAGUAUGACCAUAUGAACAAUAAUAUGACGGAUAUAUAUCAAAGUAAUUAUCCAUUAUAUUCUACCAAUCAAGAAAAGGAAACUACCGACAGUAACCCUGAAAAAAUUAAUUAUAGAUUAUUAGAAGAAAGGAAAAAAAAAAUUUAUUUGAAUAAUUAUUAUAAUAUGAUAAAAAGUGUAGAUAGGGAUAAUUAUAUUUAUAAUGUGCCUUUUGUGUCAACCAUUAUCAAUGAUAAUAAUGUUAGAUAUAAUAAUGAAUUUGUUAAUAUGAAAGAAAGGAAAAGCAACAAUGUAAGUACAUCUACAAUUACAAACACAAACACAAAUACAAACACAAAUACAAACACAAAAACAAACAUUUAUACAAACAUAGAAAAAUGUAAUUCCUUUAAUAGUAUGGAGUUGCUCAUAGAAAAGGAACAUACUUUACAAAACACGAUGAAUAAAAUGAAUAAUCUAAAAAAUGAUCAAAAUAAUUUUUGUCAUAUGAAGGAUACACAAAGCUGGAUAAAUAAUAAAUAUUUUAACGAAGAAAAAGACAACUAUAAAAUUCUUGGACAAGAGGAAAAAAAUAUCUCAACAAAUGAAGAUAAUGAAAUUGUAUAUAUAGAUACAUAUAAUAAUAAUUAUAAUAAUAAUAAUAAUAUGAAUAGAUUUUAUGAUAAUAAUACCUUAUGGAAGAAGCAACAAAGAAAUAUGAUGAACGAAAAGAAAACAACCAUGUAUAAUUUUAACUAUAAAAAUAUGUCCUUAGAUAAUAUAGAAAGAGAAGAUCAAUCUGUUUGUGAAAAUGAUAAUUAUCAGAAGCAUAUAUCUAGUUAUUUAAUAAACAAGCAAAAUGACAUAAUAUAUAAGAACCAUCCAAAGAACAACAAUAAUAAUAAUAAUAUUAAUAAUAAUAAUAAUAAUAAUAAUAAUAAUAGUAGUAAUAACCUUUCUUGGAACACCUUUCAUAAGAACAAUACAUUUGAUACACAUACAAAUUCCUUUAAUAUUUUAAAUCAUCAUUCUAAUAACAACGAUUUUGAUAAUAUAGAAAAUAUUAUUACAUCCAAUAUGAUGAAUAAUUUAGAAAAUGCAAAUCUUCAAAAUAACGUUACAAAUAAAUGUUUUCAAUCUAAUGAAGAAAAAAAAAAAUUUCAAUCACAUGGUUAUAAAAAUGAUAAUAUGUUAUUAAAUAAUACAUAUUUCAAUAAUAAAAAUUGUUUCUCUUAUGAUUCUAUAAAAAAAAAUGAUUAUAAUUUAUUAGAAACAUCUUCUAACCAUACAUCUACUUUUUUAAAUUAUGAUUUGUAUAGAACAGAUUCUAUAUAUAUUGGUCCAAACUCUUGUGAAAAUAAUAAUCCAUCACCUAAUGUUAUUAAUAAAAAAAAAAAUACAGAUUUUUAUAAAACCACACUUGCUCAAAAAAAGAAAUUUCUUAACUAUGAUGAUGAAAAUAUAGAGCAAGAUAAUUUUAUGGAUAUUCCCAAUAAUUUAAAUUUUAGUUUUUUAAAUAAAAAUGAUUGA